AUGUACAGGCUACAGCAGGCUCGGCCAACCUCAGGGUGUCGGACGGGAACUUCACCACGUCAGGUAGGAACUUGGGGUUGUAUAUCCAGAACCGUGUGUUAUCCAGAACCGUGCUAUAUCCAUAACCGUGUGUUCGCCGCAGCUACAGCCGGCUCGGCCAACCUCAGGGUGUCGGACGGGAACUUCACGUCAGGUUACGGCAGUUGCAUCACGUCGUCUCCAGAUCUGAAGCAACAGAGGAAGAACAAAGAGGAGAUCAUCAGCACGGCCGCCACUGCGCGUGUGCUGAACGUUUUGCGGCACUGGACAACAAAGCACAAGCAGGACUUUGAGAUGGACAGCGUGCUGAAGGCGAAGGUUGUGGAGCUGCUGGAGGAGAUGAUGGGGGAUGUGGGGCUACUGGCGAGCGAACACAAAGCAGCCUCCAACAUUCUGAGAACGCUGGCCUAUGAGGACGGUGACAAAAACAAGGCGCGACUGCAGGAGAUUCUGAAUCCAGGAAAAAGAGCGGACAGCGCGACGUUUGAGACGCUGUCGGCGUUACAGCUGGCGGAACAGCUGACCCUGACGGACCACACCAUCUUCUGCAGCAUUCCGUACGAGGAGUUCCUGAACAAGGCGUGGAUGAAGCCAGACAAGGCGACCCGGGCGCCGCACAUCAUGCUCACCAGCAAGAGAUUCAAUGAGGUGAGUAAACUGGUGGCGUCAGAAGUUGUCAGCCAGCCGACUAUCCCCGGCCGAGCGAGCGCCAUCGAGAAGUGGACUGCAGUGGCCGACAUCUGCAGGUGUAUGCAUAACUACAACUCUGUUCUGGAGAUCACGUCAGCCUUCCAGAACAGCGCCAUCUACAGACUCAAGAAGACGUGGGAAAAGGUCUCAAAACAGACCAAGCAGCUUGUGGAGAAACUCAAGAAUCUGGUGUCGUCUGAUGGUAGAUUCAAAAAUAUGAGGAAUGAACUACACAGAUGUGACCCUCCAUGCGUGCCAUACUUAGGAGUGUACCUGACGGACUUGGCUUUCAUAGAGGACGGAGCACCAAACUUUACAGAAGACGGUCUUGUCAAUUUUUCCAAGAUGAGGAUGAUCGCACAUGUAAUCCGGGAACUGCGGCAGUACCAGCAGACUCCAUACAAAAUAGAAUAUGAUCCUAAGGUGACGAGUUACCUGUUGGACCAGGCGCUGAUACUUGACGACGACGCUCUUUACGCCACCUCGCUGCAGAUCGAGCCGAGGAUGAGUCCCAGCGCCUCCGCCAGCAGCGGCUCCUGAUCCCCCCAUGCACACCCUCACACCGAGGAGAAAACCCCAUACACAUCCUCACCGCGAGGUACAAAACAUCCAGUCAUCACUGAUAAAAAAAACUUCCACGAUGCACAUUUUUACCUGGCUCAUAUUGGAUACUAACUAUCUAUGACACUGUCUGAAAAGAUCUGUAGGCGGAUUUCACACCACAGCAGUAGAUAUAAGAGAAAAUACGUAGCAGAGAUCAGAUGAUGACAUACCGCGCAGCCUUCGUACAAAAUGUGACAGGAAGAAGAAGAAGUAUUAUAAAACCUGCUGGAAGGAGUAACCAGUCUGGAAGUACACCGUUACCGGUAAUAACUGUACCGGGAGGACUCACUUCAGACCACCACGGGUGCCUAAAGUCGCGGAAAGUACGUAGCGUGUGGGACAGAAGCGAAUGUUUCACCGUUUUAUCCACGAAAUAUCAACCUGUUUACGGACCAAAUGAUCAGAACUGUUGCAACAGCUGCAACAAGUCGACCAAUAUUAGCGCCACCCACACGGACUGUGAGUUGGUUUCGCCCGUUGACCUCGUGACGUCAGAGGUCACCGUCACGGGGCUCUGUCCGCCAUCUUUGUUUUUCUGCCACCUGUUUCUUGGUGAUCUAACCCUGUGCACGGUUUCACAUCAAAAUGCCGUCUGCGAGUUGUCUCCUGCGUUCCGAUUGGCGUAGGCGGUAUCUCCACCUUUAUAAACCAUGCAUGCGGGUGUUUCAGAAAGAAGUAUAAUGCAUAUCUUCAACCAAGUUGCCACCAACAACUUAGUAUAUAGAGCAAUUUUCAACUAACAGGAGGAGGAUUUUGUUCUAGUUCCUUGCGGACGAAAUUCAGCACUGAUGCCAUCAACAACUUAGACCAAUUUGCAAAGAACAGGAGGAGAAGUUUAUUCUAGUUCCAGGAGACGAAAUUCAUCACUGACGGGCCACUGCAACCACACAAGUGCGAAUCAGGCGGAUGUAAGGUGCCACCUGCAAGAUUGUUGCAUGUCGCGCGGUUCCAGUUAAGGUUCCAGUUGUUGUUAAAGAAAGUGCAUCGAUGCCAAAUCACACUGCCGCCCAACGGAACUUACUACAGGAGACAGGCACACAGGAUCAAACCGACCUGCUGUACCGGACUAGAGGAGGUAACAUACAUGUAUGCAGAGGUAUUCAGAACAAUCUUCCAUCCAGCGAUGUGUGUAGGUAUACAUUUAUGUUACAUACCAGUCAUUUUAAUAGGUAUUUGGAAAAAAAAAUGAGGUGAAAUAUGUUACCCGUUUGAAACGAUCAAAAUGCUGACAAAGUUUGUGAAGUAAGUCGUAUUCAAACUUUUCAUGUUUCUCUUGACCACAACUGUGACGAUUUUCUACAAGAUAUCAUGCACGUACAGGUAUGUCAUCGUGCAUUUUGUAAUGGCACUGGACUUCUUCUUUAACACACAGUGCAAAUUAGUUAUACGUUUGUUAAGAAACAACUACAUCACAGCAUACAACAAGCACACAAUUUUCUGACACCUCCUUGUGAUGCGGAACAGAAACAUCCAGACCACAAAUUAUUAAAGCAGAAGCGUUGUAACCUUCUGUGAAUACCUGCCAUGAAACUAAAUAUCGCAAUAACAGAGUUUGAAAGCUGGAACACAGGUACGAAGCAGCACUGGGGAUUCAAGAACUGGGAAUCUGCAUUGAAGAAAAGUAAUGUAAAGACCAAAACUAUUUUCGUUCAUGUAAACAGUUCUGAGCCAAUUGUACAUAUGAUCAGUUUUUUCCACCUCUACGUAAGGUUGUCAUAAUUACUGGCAUCCGUGUGAGGAAUAGUGAAGCUAACUGGAAUAGAGGGACGGAGCGUGUAAAAGUAGGAUAGGGUUUAGUUGGACUUUAUUUUAGCUUGUUUAUUAUUACGGUUGUGCCAGCUCGGGACCAAGCAACGCUAAGUGACUGUUUAGAACGUUCUGUACUGUUUGUUUGUUUGUUUGUUGUGCUUACGCUGUGAGGAGUCUCCAUACAACGUCAGCCAAAACUUUCUGAAUUGCUGAAAGAAGACAGUUUGUUGUAGAAUACAGAGAAUAUAACAAGACGAUGUCAUAUCUUGAAAGUUCAUCUGUGUUGGUAGAAGUCAUUAUGACUUACCAAAUUCAAGAAUCGUCAUCAAAGACUGGGGUUGUACAGUCAAUGAAUGCCUUGAAAAAGACUGGAAUUGUACAGUUUCUUUCAAUAUCUUGUGUUGGAAAUGACAAAUUUCAACGUGCGUCACAAAACGAUACAUUUUAUGAAUCCUAUGAAUCAUAUGAAUCCUGUCUUUUAUCGCAGAAUAUGACACUACUAUGAGUUUUUAACACCUUUGUAGUUGGCAAUUUGUGUCCUUUAUAUGAUGCUAUGUUUUGGAAAUAACUGUGUACACCUUAGUUUCUUAUACAUGCAGUGGCUGCUUUCAUGUAACAGUAGUUUUAUAGAAGUAAUUAGUCGUGCUCUGCUUAAAAAAAUGUGUCACAGAAACUUGAUUAGAACGUUAGUAGGACGAACUGCGCCUGCACGAAACCCGUUAUGUAUUUUUCACAGCCGUUUUUAAUGGAAUUGC